AUGCCUCAUCUACUGCGUCAAAAUAUCGUGCUGCCCGCGCCGCCCAACGUGACCCUGCACGACCCACGCACCCACUUGCGUCGCCUGCCGCCCCCAUAUAGCGUGGUGCAGACGCCACACAACCAAGUUAGGGAUUUUGCACCCCAGUUACGCUAUCAAUUGGAGUUACCAAUGGCCCACAGACUGAAACUUCGUCCAUGCAAGGUUAUAUUCGUAGGGGAUUGUGCCGUGGGCAAAACUGCCAUUGUCAAUCGAUUCUGUUACGAUAAAUUUCAAUCGAACUACAAGGCAACAAUUGGUGUUGACUUUGAGCUUGAAAACUUUAAAAUACUGGGACAUAACUUCAGCUUGGAAAUGUGGGAUACGGCAGGCCAGGAGCGUUUUAAGUGCAUUGCCGGUGCCUAUUACCGCAAUGCAAGUGUCGUUGUUGCCACAUACGAUAUGUCCAAGCGCGAAUCCUUAGAUUCGGCCAAGAAGUGGCUCUCCAGCGCGUUGAUGUACAACACAACACAACGACCAUUGGUAUUCUUAGUGGGCACAAAGGCAGAUCUCUUGUCAAAAGAAGAGUUCAUGAGCAUGGAACGACUAGCCAGCGUUGCGGCCACACAGAUGCAUGCAGAAUAUUGGUCAGUAUCGGCACGCUCUGGAUAUAGGGUGACCGAAUUUUUUCAAAGAUUGGCCGCUCUGGCGUUUGAGGCAGCCGCCCAACAACAGCUAGCAACGUUAACAAAGUCUGCUCAGGGGCAGGUGCCACAACUGUCGGCAAAGUCGCAAACAUUUGACUUACGCAGUUAUUUCAAUAAUCGUUUCGGUAAGGCCGAUACCAGGCAGAGGAGUGGUUGCACCUGCUAA